CCACCGUAUCGUACACCUCAACCAUCACUCUCUCCAUCCGAAACAACUCAGCAGAGAGUGCAGCGCGUGCCACCCGAGGCCGCCAGAGCUCGCGCGCGCCCAUGGCAAGCACCAACAUGGCGUCGGCCACCUCGCGGUUCAUGCUGGCCGCGGGCGUACCCACCACCGGCAACGGCAGCGGGGGAGUGAGCGGCCGUGUCAGCUUCGUCUCGGCGUCCAACCGGCUGGGCAGGAGGCUCGUGGUCCGGGCCGAGGAGGAGGCCGCUGCCGCAGCUGAGCCGACACCGGCGGCCGAGGGGGAAGGCGCCGUGGCCACCAAGCCCAAGGCCGAGAAGCCGCCGCCGAUCGGGCCCAAGAGGGGCACCAAGGUGAAAAUCCUGAGGAGGGAGUCCUACUGGUACAACGGACUUGGAAACGUCGUCACAGUUGAUCAGGACCCCAACACCCGUUACCCGGUGGUUGUGCGUUUCAGCAAGGUGAACUACGCCGGCGUGUCCACCAACAACUACGCCUUGGACGAGAUCCAGGAGGUGAAAUGAGGGCCCGGAUUCCGUUUUUGUGGUAGCUUGUGGAAUGAGGAUGGUGUGGAGCUGCUGCUGUGUUAGCUCCACAAAUCUUGUGUGUAAUAGUCGAAUCUCUGUGAUCAUUAUGUGAUUGGUCGCUUCACGAUGGACUUAAUAAUCUCUUUAAAAUUACUGUA